UGGAGCCGCAAAAAGGAGUUGUAUGCGAGGUAUGUUCUCCUCAGUGUGCUCGUCAAACUCACGAAGCUCGUGAACGGUCUGUGUCAGCUGGAGUGGCCGCAGAUGUGGGUGGGGUCGAGUCUUGGGAUUGGUUUCGACUUGAAACACGUUGACCACAGCAGGUUCGACAAGGACCAACGCGCCACCACUUCUACUAUUAGCAGAGGUACGACCUCCGGGUCGCGGUCAGAAGACGGUUUAGGGACGACUGCUCCGUUUAGAAGUUGUAACUUUUCCAGCGCUACAACUCGCCCUGCUGCAAUGUUUAGGAACCACCGGGAAGAUGAAGACCAACAGUUAC